AUGGGAACGGAAAAACAGGGUCUGGUAUGUCAGCCUGGGGAAGCUGCUCACCCCCCUCCCACACCUCCAGCUGCCCCCUGGCACCGCUGUUUGCUCCCAUCCCGGCACAGUUCCCACCCCAGGACCCGCGGGGCCACAGAGCCGGGGAAUCUCCUGAGCUGGGAGGGACCCGCAGGGAUCACCCGAAUCCAGCUCGGGUCACGGCACGGCCGGAGCUGCAGCCGCACACACCCCGGGGCACAGCUGGGCACAGCUGGGCACAAAGGGGGCACAGCUGGGCACAGCUGGACACAGCCGCACCGUGCCUGUCCCUCGGGAAGGUGUGCGGACAGGGGACAGCCCUGCAGCACCUGCUGUGCCCUGCACGGCCAUUCCCGGAUUGCGGCUCCGGCUCCUCCCGGAGGGGGAGAGCGCCGCCGGUUCCCGGAUCCCGGCUCCGCCGGGGCCCAGUGGAAAUUUUGCCCGCUUUGUGAAUUCAGCUCACGGCCCGCUGUCCCCCGGUGCCUGGCACAGGCGGCGGCGCUUUCCUCGCCAGAGAUUGUGAGGAAGGAACAUCCGAGGCAUGGGAAUGAAGCUGCUGGAGCCGGCCGUGUAUCAGCAGCGCCGGGGGAUGCAGCACACGUGGCUCCCGAGCAAGCCGGGGCACCGCCGAGCUCCAAAUGCCUCCUCGGGGCAGUUUUUAAAGCAUUCCCGGCUCCAUCCACCUCCUCCGGCCACCGCGGCUCGCCGGGGCCCAGGGCAGCCCGGCAGAGCCCCGAACCCGACGGAGCUCCCGAGGUAGAAGCUGAAAGGGAACUUACUGCGCUCAGCCGGGUCUUAUUCUGCUCCCCGCGCCGGGCACCAGCAGGGCUCUGCCAACUGACAGGCAGCUUAAAUAUUGCCAGAGAAUCGGGGUUUGCCAGCGGAGCUGUUAACAGGGUCACAAGGAAUGAGAAGGAAUAUUUAUAGUCAAAGUUAAACUAAUUGACCGAAGUUACUCUUUUGGUCUCCCGUGGCUCUGGUGAGAAGUGCAUUAUUUUCACUAUCAGGGCUCCCGGGUCAAACUCCACGGAGUGCCAUUCUCUUAAGCAAUCUGUGCUGCUAUACAAGGGACACAGAACAAUAAAAAAUCCGGGCUGAUGUCCUCUGGAGCUGACAGCCCGUGGCACAGGGAGGAGCUGACAAACCGGUCCUGUCUCUGUGUUUGUGCCUGAGCCUCCCAGAGCGCAGGAUCCAUCCGUGGGAUGGGAUUUGGAACACGCUGCUGAGGCUGCAGGUUAAUCCCAGAACCGAGUCCCUCUCUGGGAAUGAGUUGAAGCUUUGUCUUCAGCAUCAUCUCCCUGAAAACCCUGACAAAGCACCAGGGCCAAAGCGCACCGAGAGUGAUGCUGAAGAGGAACCUCAGGCACAGCGAGCGUGGCAGGAGGCAGCUCCAGAACCCCUGGAACUGGGGUGCACAGAUCCCCUGGCAGCACCUGGAGAAUAAUUACAGAUCGUGCUCCUUCAAGCCACAAUCAAGGUACUGGGAGGGAGGGUUCCCUGCUGGUUCCACUUCACCUUGGAGGUGCCUGGUCCAAACUUGGCUGGCUGUGAUCGACCCUGACUGUGCUCGAGCUGCUCUUUUCCUCUCCUCUUGCAGGAAAGAAUGAAAUCCCUAAAUCCUCUGAGGUUUGGAAUGUAACCUGGGAUUUUCAGGGCCACGGUUUCCCGGGGUGUGGCAGGGGAUGGAGCAGGAGCAGCCGUGGCUGCAUUCCCUGCGCUGCCCCCGCCUGCUGCCCGAGCUGUUAUUUCCUUUCCAAGGACAGGCUUUCCUGUGAGGAUGAUCCCGUGGUCAGGGCUGACGCAGGAAUUCUGUGUGAGGCUCAAAGGUGCCGGCUCCGGGCAGGAAUUACCUCACGUCUGCCAAAAAGUUUCCAGGGGAGCCCAGGGGAACAGGAGCGUGCAGGGAAGGGUGUGAGUGUGGGGUGGGACGUGGGGAACGCAGGCUCUGGAUCAUUCCCUGCUGGUUUAUGGCAGUGCAGCUGUGACAGCCACCCCUGGGGCUGGGGGCAGGAGGAGUCUGAGCACUUCAAAUGGAAUUUCAGGAUGGCUCAGGUUGCAUGGGACCACUGGAGGUGACGGAAUCUGCAGCCCUGGGGAUCCUGUGCUGGUGAUUUCAGCAGCUCCAGGGAAGGGGACACACGAGGGACACUGUGGGUGGCUCUGCACGGAGCCUCCAGGGCUCGAGCAGGCUGCUGUGAACCAGCUAAACCUCAGCACCUGACAGCGAGCUGCUCCCCAUAAACCACCCCGGGACAUAAACUCAACCACAGCCAAGAAUUCUUGUUCAGAGGGAAACAAUUCACUGCCUCACACAGUUCACGAAAUGUUUUCUUCUGAAGGCUGGAGUUAAAAAUCCAUACUAUUUUAAGAAUUUGCUGCUCGUUUUGAUCCCUCCAGCCUGCAUGCUGUGGUGCAGGAAGCUCCUCCAGGCAGUGAUUCUGUACCAGCCCCAGCCCAGGCAGGUGAGAGCCUGCAGGUGUCGGGUACUGACAAGGGCAGAACUCCUCACACCAUCACCAGCAGCAGCUCUGGACAGAAGACAGAGGUCUGUGCACUCAGGAGGCAGAAGGCAGUAGCUUUAUUUUAGGAAUAGCACAUAGGCAUUGGGAAGAGACUGAACUGUGAAUAUACAUCGUCCCAUUAUCAAAUCAUAUCACCAGGAGCUCUGGCUCUUUGAAAAUAUUCACAUAAAAAUACCAAAGGGAUUGGAGUUCUAACUAUUUCAGAAAGUUACAACAUGUAGCAAAAUCUAUGUACAGCAUCUUCUGUUGGGACAGUUUCAAAAGAACCUCUGGUGGUUUAAAUACUGGAUAUGUUUUUAAAAAAGAAAAAAAUAAAAUAAAUCAACGGAAUGCAGUGUGCAACAUCCAAAAGGGAAAGAGGAGCAGAGGGAGCGUGGCCCUGUCCUGGACCUCUGGGAACACUACCUGGCACUUAAAGCUGUAUAAACGGAGAACACUUGUGAAAAUAUACUUCACUUUCUACAGCGGGGUUUAAAAAAAUACCAAAACCCGGAGAUUUGAGGGUGCUAAGGUCUCCCAUGAGUAAUGCACC